CAGGGUUAAACGUCACCCGAUUGGGAGGGAAAAGACCGAACGAGGAACGCAACACAGCUACUGCCCUGAUGGGAAGAAGAGUUUGCCGCAAAGUGUUCUGAAAACACAACAAAUUUGGCUCAUUUUAAAAGCGUCGAAACAACUCGUUUUACGUUGCUUUCGAUGAGUAAAUAGUUGUAAAAAAGUGUACAAGUAACUCAAGCUUACGCUUGCAUCGUUUUAAGUGCUUAAAGUGAACCAAAAAUGAGCCGAUUUUGUUAGUUUGUUUUCCUCCCUACUGAGCGUUUGUGUAAAAUGAAGAUUUUCCAGCCAAAUUGGGUCCAUCACGAUGAGAAAUCCAUUUUCUCGAUCGAUAUUCACCCGAGCGGCGAACGGUUCGCUACCGGCGGGCAGGGAUGCGACUCGGGCCGGGUCGUGAUCUGGAACAUGGCGCCGGUGCUGAGCGAGCAGGCCGAAGCGAACAAAAGCGUGCCGCGCGUCCUCUGCCAGAUGGACAACCAUCUGGCGUGCGUGAACUGUGUGCGGUGGUCCGGCAACGGGCUGAUGCUGGCGUCCGGCGGGGACGACAAGCUGGUCAUGAUCUGGAAAAAGACGCUCAGUGGCAGCGGGGGCGGCAUCGGUGCGUUCGGUGGCGGCGGCGGCAAGUCCGUCGAGCACUGGCGCUGCAUUUCCACGCUCCGGGGGCACGCCGGGGACGUGCUGGAUCUGGCCUGGUCGCCGCAGGACCGAUGGAUUGCGAGCUGCAGCGUGGACAACACGAUCAUCGUGUGGGAUGCGCAACAGUUUCCCAAAAUUGUGCAUGUGCUCAAGGGACACACCGGUUUGGUGAAGGGCGUCACGUGGGAUCCGGUCGGUAAGUUUGUCGCAUCGCAGAGCGACGACCGCUCGCUGAAGGUGUGGAAAACGACCGACUGGAGCUGCUUCAAGACGAUCACCGAACCAUUCGAAGAGUGUGGCGGCACGACGCACAUUCUGCGGCUGUCCUGGUCGCCGGACGGGCAGUAUCUGGUAUCCGCGCACGCGAUGAACGGGGGCGGCCCGACGGCGCAAAUCAUCGAGCGGGACGGCUGGAAGUGCGAUAAGGAUUUCGUGGGCCACCGGAAGGCGGUCACGUGCGUGCGAUUUCACAACUCGAUCCUGAAGCGGUCGGCGCCGAAAACGAACAAGCUGCAGCAGUACUGCUGCCUGGCGGUGGGAGCACGCGACCGCAGCCUGUCCAUCUGGCUGACGGCACUGCAGCGACCGCUGGUCGUUAUACACGAUCUGUUUCAGGACUCGAUACUGGACCUGUCCUGGAGCUGUGACGGGUACACGCUGCUUACGUGCAGUGGGGACGGCCACAUUGCCUGCCUGCAGUUUACCGCCCAGGAGCUGGGCACACCGCUCUCCGAGGAGGACAAAAACAUACUGUACCAGCGGAUGUACGGGAAGAAUGCCAACAUUGACCUCACGGCCCAGGCCGAGAAGGAGAUGAUAGUGGAAAACUCCGAUUUCUUAAACGUCUCCAAAAGCAACCCCCUGCCACCGACCCUUAUCCCGCAGCAGCAGCAGCAGCAGCCGCAGCUGGGAGGCAUGCGUCAGGAUGGCGCUGGUAAAGUGGUCCAGCCGGCGUCCCAACCUGCUGCCGCCAUUAAAUCUUCCUCCAGCCUAGCGGCACCCACACCCAUUCUGAAGCAAAUCGAGACGAAAACGGCCGACGGCAAGCGUCGCAUCACGCCCAUGUUCAUACCACUGAACGACGACAACGGACCAGCGUCACACGCCACCAACAACAUCAUGCCCUCGUCGAUCGAGUUUGGCAGCAAAUCGAGCGAAACGUCGACCGUUGAGAUAAAGCAGCGCGCCCACGAAGAGCCAACCAUCAUUCCGCCUCCCGCAGAACGUGCCACCGGUGAGCCGACGUCCAAGUUGGACAAUCGGUUGAAGAAAAUGGCUACAGCACCGCCUCAGAAAGCUGAACCGAUGACUGUUCCGACCGACCCGCAGCAGCAGCAGCAGCAGCAGCUUUCCGCUCCCUCUAGCACGAUUCAACCGGCAGCGAAUCAGAAGCUGAUGGACCGGACGCGACAACCCGCGACGUACCCAACGGGCAAAGCGACCGUCAUCCAGGGCCAUUCGUUCAAAGCGUUUGGCGAGGUACGGGUACAGAUACAGAACAACACGGUCAAGACGUCGUACGGCACGCUGUCCCGGGUGGUUGGGGUGGUCGUAACCGCUCAGCGAGUGGAGAGAAAGCUCUGGGAAACGGUCGUCGGGUCGCCGAUCGUUUGCUUUGCCGUUGGGGCGAAGUAUGCGAUCGUAUGCAGCCAGGACCAUACGAUCCGGAUGGUGGACAUCAAGACGGGCACGCCGGUCUUUCCCGUGCUCAGUCUCACGAGCCCGGCCGUACUGAGCGCUUUUAGCUCCAACUCACAGCUGGCUGGCGUUGUUACCGAAAGUGGCAUACUGAGAAUUUGGAGCGUGCCGGAAAAAGCGGUCCUACUAUCGACUAGCUGUGCAGAGAUCAUGAGCGGAAGUUUCGUAACAAUUCUUCACGUAUCGGAUAAGGGAAUGCCGUUCAUUGUGCUGUCGAAUGGGUCGUCUUACAGCUACUGCCGCAAGCUCGACAGCUGGAUGCUAAUCAAUUCGUCCGAUCCGGUCAUACGGCACGGUUUGAUCGGCAACAAAACCAACGCCCCGGUGCGCAACAUUAAAACGUACCCCCUCUCAACGAUACAAUCGUACGGCAGCUUUUCCGGCCCGAAAACGAACAGCUUUGCCGAAUUACACUCCGCCUCCUGGCAAACGUCCGCCGCGAUAGCGUUCAUCGAAAAUCAAAUCAAGAUCUGCGAAAUGAUUGCGUCGCCGGCCGAGCUGAAGUACUGGUACUCGAUGCUGGGCUUCCAGCUGGCACUGAACGGCAGCGAGGAGAAGAUACGCCAGGUGCUGGACGAUCUGCUCGGAGCCUCGCACAACAGCCUCGACCCUUGUCGGACACUGGCCGGCGACGAUGCGGACGACCGGUCGGUGCUCGGUAUCUCGAAGCAGCUGCUGAUGGAGGACGUGCUGAAUCACCUGAAAACGCAAACCAAAUGGCAGCGCAUCUACACCGAGUAUCUGGACCAGCUAAAAUUCCUCAAGGAGCGGGAUGGCGGCCGAGACAAACCACUGAUGGAGUAGUGCAUGGAGUGUAGCCGAGCGUACAAUAAAACUCUAAACUCUAAACGGUAA